GGUUCCCCCUCUUCCUCCCCCCCACACGGCGCUCUGUCAGGCCGGCUUGUGUUGUGUCCUCGAUACCAACCGGCGUUAGUGUCUCUUUCCUUCACAGUGGGUCAGAAAUGGCAGCGAUCAGGUCACUCAGGAAACUGCUGCAACUCUCCGGGCAGCAGGUCUGUAAGCUGCACACGUCCUCCUCGAGGCUGGAGGCAGUGGUUAUCUCAGGGAAGAAGUUGGCACGCCAAAUUCGGGAUGAGGUCCGGUCCGAUGUAGAGAAAUGGGUUUCUGAUGGCAACAGGAGGCCCCAUCUAAGUGUGGUUCUCAUAGGAGAAAACCCAGCCAGUCACUCCUACGUCCUCAACAAGACCCGCGCUGCAGCUGAAGUUGGAAUCUCGAGUGAGACGAUUCUCAAGCACCCGGACAUCACCGAGGAGGAGUUACUGGACUUGAUCUACAAACUCAAUGCAGACCAUCAUGUGGACGGCCUUCUCGUCCAGCUACCUCUGCCAGAACACAUUGACGAACGUAGGAUCUGCAACGCAGUUACCCCUUCCAAGGAUGUAGAUGGCUUCCAUGUAGUUAACGUUGGCCGCAUGUGCCUGGACCAGACCACCAUGCUUCCUGCUACUCCCUGGGGAGUCUGGGAAAUUAUUCAACGGACAGGAAUUCCUACUUUUGGGAAGAAUGUUGUGGUCGCAGGACGCUCCAAGAAUGUGGGAAUGCCCAUCGCCAUGUUGCUGCAUACUGACGGCCGUCAUGAAAGGCCUGGAGGUGAUGCCACAGUAACCAUUUCUCACCGUUACACGCCAAAGGAUCAACUUCGCCAAUACACUACAAUGGCUGACAUCAUCGUGGCGGCUGCAGGGAUUCCCAACCUGAUAACAGCGGACAUGAUCAAAGAGGGAGCCGCUGUGAUUGACGUUGGAAUAAACAGGGUGCAAGAUCCCGUCACUGGAAAGAGCAAACUGGUUGGAGAUGUAGAUUUUGAAGGCGUGAAACAGAAGGCGGGAUUCAUUACCCCGGUCCCGGGAGGUGUUGGACCCAUGACUGUAGCGAUGCUCAUGAAGAACACCAUGAAAGCAGCCAAGAACAUCCUGCAGCUUCCUCAGGAGAGGAUCCGCGUUGCUGCUGUUUCCUAAUGUACCGAGAUGCCCAACAAAACAACGCAUUCCACCUUAAACCCCCCCCACCAUCACCACCCACUUUUUUUUUUAGAUCUUGGAGCAACCUGACAGGCUCCGCUUGCACACGGACGGGAAUGAUGACUCCUGACAUCUUUCCAAAUAUCCAGUCCAGCCACAUUUAGCCUGUUGCAUUCUCUCAUGCAGUGGCAUGUUUUGUGUUACAGUAUUUAUCAUUUGCAAUGUACUUUUGUGGGAUUUUGAGGUUUUGAAAUCUUGAAAUUGUUUCUAUUUAUUGCUACAGAGAGUAUUUUAAACUUGUUGCGGUACCUAACUAAGCAGCUGAGCAGCUAUAGCAAAGUGACUUAACCCUGCUUGUGCUUUCUUUUCUUUUUUUUCUUUCUUUUUCCAGUUAGUUUUGCAUUAUAUGCUGAGGGUGAUAAGGGCUAAUAUCACAAGGACAUUUGUUAAUGUUCAAGAUGUUUGAAAAUAUACAAGCUUUAAAGAUUCACAAUUGCCUUUGUAUAAAACAAAAAAACAACUUUGAAAUAAAUGUUACAUUUAUGCUUUA